AUGGGUGGUGCCGACGGAGCGCCUAAUACCUCCCUGGCGGUCACGAAUAAUGACCGGUUGUAUUGGCGCCACACACCAAUCGUCUCUCAAUGUCCAAAUGGUGUUCCGAAUCCUGUGGUGGUGAUUCAGAAAGAGUUUUUGACAGAAACUCCUCGUCCGCAUAUUUCCAAGAGUCAGUUUGUCCGAAAAAUAUUUGAGCAUGACUGGAAUCACUUGGUCGAGGUUUCGAUUCCGGGAUACGAGUUCUACGGACUUAAGGAAUACGUGAAGGCGUACCCUAAACAACUGGACACCUUCGACUUUGAAUUUCUGAUUCACGGUGGUAAACUUUUGGCUACGCGCAGAAUGUACGUCGACCGCGUUACUGGAGCUCGCUUCUCAACCGGUCCGGUGUUCAAAAACUGCAACAUCGAUGUCUCGAUGUUCAGCGGGUUGUUGAAAUUGGCAUGGAGUGAAAUGAACAAAGUGGUAAAGAAUGAGGAGAAAGAACCGAAUGGUUUGGACGUUUUUGGAGAGAUCGAGGUGGCCAGCGGCUUAUCGAACACGACAAAGCCAGUUGGAAUUGAGAUGUCCGUCAACAAGCCUGGAGGGUAUAGCCCUAAGAAUUCUGAGUUCCCAGGACUCGAAGAAGGACAAGCUGACAAGGCUCCAAAAGUUGAAAGUGUUGGAAACCAACAACAAUCACUCAAGAAUUAUAGAACCAAUCAAGGAUGCUACAAAAACUUCAAUAACCGUCAGUUUAACCUCUGGACGCAACAUUAUAAACAGUUUGUCCCCCACUUCCGAAAAUUUGGUCAGCACCAUUAUAACUUAAACAACCAAAUUGACAGAGUGUUGCAAGACGAUGCUGGCAGUUUUAGAAAAGGGAACAGAAGAAGUUUCAAGAAAGACGACGGAGCAGGAAUGCAAUCUCAGUCUACUAUCACAUACCAAUCUGUUCUCCACGUUGAAGUUCCUUUGGCUCCUACUAGAACUCUUGAGAGUACUGUGGUUAGUAGGGAGGGAGUCUACAACAACUUCCAAACCACUCAUGGGUACCGUCAAUGGAAGAGAGCAUCUCACGCCCCGAACAAUCAGGUAGACUCCAAUUCCACCGGUCAAUAG